AACAGCCAGUACCGCACGCUCACGAUAAAAUGCCGAAGGUCUCUUCGUGAUAGAUCAUCGCAUGCAGCAGAAAUACAACGUGGGAAACCUGUGUGUUUUGUUUUCCAUCCUGCAUCUUUAUAUUGGCAAUCUCUAAGCAUUCUGUUUCGCAGUUUCACUUUAGUGGAAGUAGAGUAGUAGUGUUCUUCCUGCCAUCCUUUGGUUUCGAUCAGGUUGAUCAAAUCCGAACAUACAGCAAUGGGUGAAAAGGCCACAGUCAUAAUGGUGUUUAAGGCUGACCUGCAGUGCUAUCACUGCUACAAGAAGGUGAAGAGAAUUCUAUGUAAAUUUCCUGAAAUACAUGACCAGAUAUUCGACGAGAAGAAAAACUUGGUCACAAUCAAAGUUGUAUCCUGCUUUCCUGAGAGGAUUAAGCAAAAGAUCAUCUGCAAGGGUGGAGGUUGCAUUGAGUUUGUACCUCCACCACCCCCACCGGGGCCUCCAGGGCCUGCAGGGCCUCAGGGGCCCGCAGGGCCUGCGGGGCCUGCAGGGCCUAAGGGACCACCUGGGCCAGUUGGGCCACCUGGGCCUGUGGGACCUCCCGGGCCAUGUGGGCCCGUUGGGCCUGCGGGGCCUACUGGGCCAGUGCAUUGUGGGCCACCAGGACCUCCAGGGCCUCCAGGGCCACCCGGGCCUCCGGGACCAAAGCCAGUA